AUGGAGCCGCUGGUCCUGCUCAACGCGCUGGCCACCCGGCUGCUCUUCGUGCUGCACUCGCUGGUCGGUGUCUGGCGAGUGACCGAGGUGAAGAAGGAGCCCUGGUUCUGGCUGCUCGCCUUGCUCAACCUCUUGCUGGUCCUGGAGACGGCGCUCACUCUCAAGUUCAAGCGCGGCCGCGGCUACAAAUGGUUUUCACCAGCCAUAUUUUUAUAUCUGAUUAGCAUCGUUCCAUCAUUAUGGCUUCUUGAAAUGCAUCAUGAGACCCAGUAUUGCAGUAGUCAAUCUGAAGCAGUGACUCAGAAUGUCAGUAGUAGAGAAGACUUCAAUCAAACUCUGCUGUCAAGUGAACAGAUCAAAGGAGCAGAUGAUCUUAUUGAAACGGCCAAAGUUUUUGUAAAUAACUUAUCUACAGUAUGUGAAAAAGUUUGGACUUUGGGACUCCAUCAGACUUUUCUGUUAAUGUUAAUAAUUGGAAGAUGGCUUCUACCUAUUGGAGGCGGGAUCACUAGAGACCAGCUCUCUCAGCUUCUCCUUAUGUUUGUGGGCACAGCUGCUGACCUUCUGGAAUUCACCAGUGAGACUUUGGAGGAACAGAAUGUGAGGAGUAGCCCUGCAUUAGUCUAUUCCAUCCUUGCUAUAUGGACUUGGAGCAUGCUGCAGUUUCCACUUGACCUAGCAGUCCAGCAUGUGGAGUGCCCCUCAUCGGUGCUGGCCAGGGGCUUCCCCAGCCUGUUCUUUUGCCAGUACAGUGCCGAUCUGUGGAACAUUGGGAUCAGCGUCUUCAUCCAAGAUGGUCCUUUCCUCGUUGUCCGCCUCAUACUGAUGACCUACUUUAAAGUUAUAAACCAGAUGUUGGUAUUCUUUGCUGUGAAGAAUUUCCUGGUGGUUGUGUUACAGCUCUACCGCCUAGUAGUGCUGGCCCUGGCAGUCCGGGCCUCCCUGCGAAACCAAUCAGACAGUGACAAGAGACAAGAUGAGUGUUCAGGUCAGCCAGCUGAGAGUGGCCUCUUUCUUGGGACCUGGGAGAACGAUUCUAAGGAGGACUCAGCCAUCCCUUUGCAGGCCUCACCGGUCACCUCAGAUGACUGCUCCCCAACUCCAUAG